CCGGAGCUGGGUUUGUGUGCCUCCGCUGAGGUGAUCUGUCGCAGAGCGGAGGAGGUGCUUUGGCGCUUCUCAGGCUCCUCCUCUCCCCUUGCGGCCUUUCUAGCGUUGGCCCUGGUCUUGUGGCCUCCCGCAGAAUGUGGAUGACGCCCAAAAGAAGCAAGAUGGAAGUCGAUGAGGCUCUAGUUUUCCGGCCCGAGUGGACCCAGCGUUAUUUGGUGGUGGAGCCUCCGGAGGGCGACGGGGCCCUGUGCCUGGUCUGUCGCCGCCUCAUCGUAGCUACCCGCGAACGCGACGUCAGGCGCCACUACGAGGCUGAGCACGAAUACUACGAGCGGUAUGUGGCAGACGGCGAGCGCGCGGCCCUGGUGGAGCGUCUGCGUCAGGGCGACUUGCCCGUGGCCUCGCUCACUCCUGAAGAGAGAGCUGCUCGUGCAGGCCUCGGGCUCUGCCGCCUCUUGGCCUUGAAGGGUCGCGGCUGGGGUGAGGGGGACUUUGUAUACCAGUGUAUGGAGGUAUUGCUGAGAGAGGUACUGCCCGAGCAUGUAAGCGUCUUGCAAGGCAUUGACUUAUCUCCAGAGAUCACAAGGCAGAGGAUCCUGAGCAUUGACGAGAAUCUACGCAGCCAGCUUUUUAACCGAGCCAGGGACUUUAAAGCCUAUUCUCUUGCCUUGGACGACCAGGCUUUUGUGGCCUAUGAGAACUACCUCCUGGUCUUUAUCCGCGGGGUAGGCCCUGAGCUGGAGGUGCAAGAAGAUCUUCUGACCAUAAUCAACCUGACUCAUCAUUUCAGUGUUGGUGCGCUCAUGUCGGCAAUCCUAGAGGCCCUGCAGACAGCAGGGCUUAGCUUGCAGAGAAUGGUUGGACUGACUACGACCCAUACUUUGAGGAUGAUUGGUGAGAACUCAGGACUCGUCUCAUACAUGAGAGAAAAGGCUGUAAGCCCCAACUGUUGGAAUGUGAUACAUUAUUCAGGAUUUCUUCACUUGGAACUGUUGAGCUCCUAUGAUGUAGAUGUUAAUCAGAUCAUAAAUACCAUAUCCGAAUGGAUAGUUUUGAUUAAGACCAGAGGCGUUAGGCGACCUGAAUUUCAGACUUUACUAACUGAAUCUGAAUCAGAGCAUGGCGAAAGGGUUAAUGGACGAUGUCUGAACAAUUGGCUUAGGAGAGGGAAAACUUUAAAACUAAUAUUCUCUCUAAGAAAAGAACUGGAAGCUUUCUUGGUUUCAGUAGGGGCAACAACAGUCCACUUCUCAGACAAACAAUGGCUUUGUGACUUUGGCUUCUUGGUAGACAUUAUGGAACACCUUCGAGAACUCAGUGAAGAAUUAGGAGUUAGUAAAGUCUUUGCUGCUGCUGCCUUUGACCAUAUUUGUACUUUCGAAGUUAAGCUGAAUUUAUUUCAAAGACAUAUUGAGGAAAAAAAUCUAACAGACUUUCCUGCCCUCAGAGAAGUUGUUGAUGAGCUAAAACAGCAAAAUAAGGAAGAUCAAAAAAUAUUUGAUCCUGAUAGGUAUCAAAUGGUGAUCUGUCGUCUACAAAAAGAAUUUGAGAGGCAUUUUAAGGACCUCAGGUUCAUUAAAAAGGACUUAGAACUUUUUUCAAAUCCAUUUAACUUUAAACCUGAAUAUGCACCUAUUUCAGUGAGGGUGGAGCUGACAAAACUUCAGGCAAACACUAAUCUUUGGAAUGAAUACAGAAUCAAAGACUUGGGGCAGUUUUAUGCUGGAUUGUCUGCUGAAUCUUACCCAAUUAUCAAAGGGGUUGCCUGUAAGGUCGCAUCCUUGUUUGAUAGUAACCAAAUCUGCGAAAAGGCUUUUUCAUAUUUGACACGAAACCAACACACUUUGAGUCAGCCGUUGACAGAUGAGCAUCUCCAAGCCCUGUUUCGGGUUGCCACAACUGAAAUGGAGCCGGGUUGGGAUGAUCUUGUGAGAGAAAGAAAUGAAUCUAAUCCAUAAGACUUUGUAGUACAAGAUUGAAAAACUCAACAAGAAUUUAAUUCUAAAAGCAAAAAUCGGUUUGAGUUUUCAAGUUUACUAAUUUGGAUUGUGAGAAAGUACCAAGUACCAGCCGUCCAAACUGAUCACAAUUAAAAUUCUGACAGUUGCCUUUUUUUUUCAUCUCAAAUGGCAGCAUGGGACUGAAACAUGAGAAUGCCACCUUUUUUAAAACUUAGUUUAAUGACAAAGUCGUUGUCUUUUAUGAUAUAGUUAAUUUUAAAGAGAUUUAGUAUUAAUGUGAGUUGAAUUUGCGGUCUGUUUUUUAGGUGUUCUGAAGAUAUAUGCCAAAAAUUUCAGCUCUUGUUUUAAUGGAGUGUUAAAAUUCUGAUUCAUAUAGUCUUAAAUUAUCAACUCUUUAAAUGUGCUUUUGAACCAAUUUGCAGAAACUCACAUAGCAAGUUCAUAAGUUUCCGAAAAGGAAGAUGAUACAUACAGUGGAGGUGUUUUGUAACUAUCAAAAUGUUUGAGACUCUUUUUUAAACAUUUCUGAGUCCGAAGGUAAUACUGACAAAUUUCUUCCCUCUUCCCUCCCCAUCACCCACCUCAGUGAUACCGACAUUACUGAUAGAGGAAGUCAUUAGAAUCAUUUUUAAGUUGCUGAUAUAGGAGAUUUCCUGCAAUUUGGAGAUAAGACUAAUUAUUGGGGGUUUUCCUUGGAUUUUUUUUUAUAACUAGGGGCUAUUUUAUCAGCUUGCCUAUUAAAGGACUAUGGUAAGUAUAGAAUCUUAAUGGUUGCCAGUUAGUAAUUUUUUUUUUUUUUUACUGUAGACACAAGUUUGGCCCUAUCAAAAAGGAUGAGGAAAAAAGAUUUUUGCACUCCGGGAUUAGGAGGCAUCAACACUAGGAGAAAAUGGCAUGCUAUUUACUUGCUACUUUCCUUUACAGAUGAUUUUUGGCUCUUCUGGGAUUUAAAAACAAAGUUCACCAAUUUGUGCUCUAAGUUGCCUUCAUUCUGGGUCUCAGGCUGACAAAGCAGAUACCAUCAGGAGUGUGGCUGCUAACUGUGAAAUGAAAAAAGAGAGUAUGGCAAAUCACUUAAGGACUCUCAAAGCACUUUCAUUGGCCAAAGCAAAUCACAUAGCCACAUUAAAGUUCUAGGAAGAGUGUGGUCCUUACAUAUACCUGGGAGAAAAAUCAGAAAUAUUUGGAAGACACCACCACUUCUUCAUUUAUAUGCUUGCUUCCAAUAUAUUUUUAACUUGUUAUUGAGGUAAAAUUUUAAAAUGUACAGAUAUUAAGUGUACACCUCAGUGGAUUUUUAUAUAUGCCCUUGAAUGCACCACCCAGGUCAAAAUGUAGAAUAUUUCUAGCACUUCAGUAGGUGUGCUUAUGUUCCCCAGGCCCCCACACCAACCCCUUUUAUCACCAUGGAUUAGCUUUGCCUGUUUUAAAACUUUACAUAAGUGAGAUAAUUAUAUGCACUCUUCCGUGUCAUGUUCAACAUUGUAUCUGUGAGAGUAAUCCAUGUUAUAUGUAGUAGCAGUUCAUGUUUUACCUCUGUGUAGUAGUCCAUUGUGUGACUACAUCACAACUUACCCAUUCUACUAUUGAUAGAAAUUUAGGUUGUUUCCAGCUUGUGGUCGUUAUGAAUAAAGUUACUAUGAAAAUUA